AUGGCCGCUGUAGCCACCGCGCCUCGCGGUCUUCAACCAAACUCAUCCUUGCCGGCCAAGGUGCAACCUAUUCCGCCUAAUCAGACUCUCUACGUUACAAACCUCCCCUCUUCAAAAAUUCAGAAAGACGAUCUUCGAACCGCUCUGUACUUGCUCUUCUCGACAUAUGGACCCGUGCUGGAUGUUGUCGCUCUCAAGACCAUGAAGAUGCGUGGCCAAGCCCAUAUUACGUUUCGAGACGUGCAGUCUGCUACACAAGCCAUGAGGUCUCUUGAGGGACAAUCAUUCCUCGGCCGCGACUUGAAAAUACAAUAUGCCAAGUCAAAGUCCAACUUUGUGGCCAAGCUCGAUGGCACUUUCAAGAUUCCUUCCAUGAACGCAGGCGCCGCCAAUGUCGAACAGACCGAACUGCAACAGAGCAUCUUCAACGCGCCCCCUCCCGGAUCAGCACCUGCACCUGGCUCCGGCCUUCCCCCGAAACCUACUGCGAACACCGAUCAGGUUAUGGAAGACGCUGGCACGCCAGGUGAUCGGGGACAGAAGCGAACUCGCGACGAAGAGGACAGUGAUUCGGAUGUGGCCAUGGAGGAGGACAGUGAUGAUGAUUGA